AUGUCCCGUCGAACUUCCCAACCAGGCGAUCGCCGACAGGGCCUCACCCGCGAUCUCUACGGCAUGAUUGAUGAACAUCUCGCAUGGCAAAUGGAUCAAUCUGAACGCGAGCGCCCAACGUCCUCGGGCACAAUGUUCGUCGACUGGGAUGGAAGCGCGUCGCCUAAGAUUACGUAUCGGAACUCGAAGAAGCUAGAUGCAGAGCAGCCAGAGCCAGAGCGAGAGCCACAUGCAGCAGAGUCACAUGCACCCCGACCACCAGCAAAGUCCAAGCCGAAGCCAAAGCGUGCCACUCAGACGCUGUCUCGCCACGACUCACUCCUAUCCAACCAACGCACCUUCCGCAAGCAGACCGCCCCAGCGCAGACCAUCCAUGCCAGCAGCAGCAGCAGUGACAGCCUACAAAUCACCUACUACUCCCCCCCUCACUUCUCAAAAUCCACAAACACGCUCAAGGCCGCAGGAUACGUAGCCGGCUACGCGCCCUGCCUAGACGCUACGUACGAUUACAACGGGCGCAUCGUACACGUGCAUCGCGACGCAGCGAGGCGCGAGGAGAGGUUCUCGGAGUACUAUGCUGUGGAUGCGGAGGCGUAUUCCACGGCGGCCAAGCUGGAAGUCGUCGACGUUGACGCUGACGGUAACGGUAACGGUGUGGGUGCGGGUCCACCGAUAGAGGAGCGCAAGAAACGUGAUCGUGUCGUGGGGUUUGUAGAGAAGCUACUUCACAGGCUGGACAGGUUGGGCUUUAUGGCCAAGUUCCGGGCUGAGCGGCGGCAUGCUGCGGCGGCGGGGGGUAGGAGCUGGGUGGAGCACGGGUAUGUGACGUGA